AUGUCGGCCAUUUGGAACCAGGUCGUCCAGCAGUAUGAUCCCCUGCUCAUCGACUUUGUCGGCAAUUCGGCCGUCAGCGUCGUCUCCUUCUGGCUGCCGUCGCUCUUCUUCCUCUCGCUGGAAUGGAUCUCGCCACAGUUCUCUGCGAGGCACAAGAUCCAGCCGGCGCCCAAACAGCCCACCAGAGCACAAAUCUGGCAGUGUGUAACGGUCGUGGUACAGAACCAGUUGAUCUCCUUUGCCAUCGGCGCCCUCAACACCAUCGCAGCAGCGAAACUGCAAAUGCCCUCGUCAUUCCGCAUCGCUCCAGAGCUGCCCUCUGCAUACGAACUCUUACGCGACAUUGCGCUCUGCUGGGUCGGCCGUGAGGUUCUAUUCUACUAUACCCACCGACUGCUGCACUGGUCGCCGCUCUACAAGCCCAUCCACAAACUACACCACCGGUUCACAGCUCCAAUGGCAUUGGCAGCCCAAUAUGCGCAUCCAAUUGAGCAUGUCUUUGGCAAUGUUCUCCCGGCCGUGCUGCCGCCGAUGCUCCUGAACACGCAUAUCCUCACAUUCUGGCUCUUUCUGACUAUGAUCCUGGUCGAGACCACCACCACCCACAGCGGCUAUGACUUCUUUGCUGGGGCGGCCCGGACUCAUGACAUCCACCAUGAGAAAUUCAACUACAACUUUGGAGGGAUGGGGUUGUUAGACUGGGUGCAUGGGACGGGCUACGAGCCGGUGGACACUCGCAAGAAUGAUUAG